UUCUUUUUUCAUCGUUCUUCUCUUGAAGAAACCAAUGAUUCUUAAACCCUUCCACCAUAUAUAUAUAAACAAACUACAUUAUCAAAAGUUUAUGAAUGUUUCAAAAUCAGAGCAGAGACAAAGCAGCAAAAUAUGGUUUUCAGAGCAAUUCAGGCUUCUUCCAUAUUCUUCCUCUUGUUUCUAUCUUUAGAUCCAAGCACUGCACAAAAGCUUCCACCUGAAGCAAUAAUGAAAGAUGAAAUGAUGGAUUAUCAAGAAAAUAGCAAUGGGAUUUCCUCACCUUCAAUAUCUUCCACUAAACUGGAUAAUAUCCCCAUCAUCAUCCCAAGUCCUCCUAUGACGACAACACCAAUAAUAACGCAGGAAAGUCCACCACCACCAGCACCACCAACUACCACCACUCAACCAACAAUCCCUGCAGCAUCGGGUGGGACCUGGUGCGUGGCGAACCCAUCUGCAUCAGAAACUGCUCUUCAAGUGGCUCUUGACUAUGCUUGCGGAUAUGGAGGUGCAGAUUGUUCAGCUCUUCAACAAGGUUCUAGUUGCUAUAACCCAAAUACAGUUCGUGAUCAUGCUUCCUAUGCAUUCAAUGCAUACUACCAGAAGAGUCCCCUUCCUACAAGUUGUGUCUUUGGUGGCACUGCAACUCUCUCCUCCACCGACCCGAGUUCUGGAGGUUGUCAUUUUGCAUCUACCCAUUCAACAACGUCUACACCCCCACCAUACACGAUACCCACACCAACAAUGAUACCCCCACCAACACCAACCAUACCAACACCAAGCACGACUUCACCAGACGGUCCUUAUCCACCUUAUCCACCGUAUGGUACUGCGCCAGAACCAACCGAUAGCCCAAGCUCAGCAAAUUCCAUACGAUAUAACAUUCUACAGAUCUUCACCAUAACUUGCCUCUCACUUUCUGCUGCAUAUUAUAUCUAAACAGAUAAAGAUAAAUCUCUGUGCUUCUCCGUCAUCAAGGGGAAGGGAACUCAGGUUUUGUCUCGAUGUCCACUGGGCAAAAGAGUUCAAGAAGGAAUGUGGAAUUAUAUAACAAAUAUUCAAACCAAAGCCUUAUGGCUAUUGUACAACAUCUAUUUAGCAUUAGAAAAGCAACAAAAUGCAGUCCGGAUCCUCAAUAGCAGCCCCUUCCAUAUUUCCAAACUCCCUCAAUCAAUAAUUUAUGAAUAGGUUUCCCAUUUCCUUAGGUACUCUUUCGGGCAGUUAACAGAAUAAGCAUUUACAUUACACAAGUCAAUUGUAGGAGUUAGCAGUAAACAGCUAUGUACGUCAGUCCAUAGAUAUGUACUGACCUAAAUCAUAGAAAACAUCAAUAAAUCUUAUUUGAUUAAACAUUGACACAUGUGAUGAUC